AUGGACGUCAAUUGGGCGAUAAGACCUCUGGGGAAGGAACCACCAAGCUAUCCGCCCAACAGUGAAUACUUCACUAUUAAGUUGCAAUAUACAGAUGGUGACGUGCACAAAUGGGCCGAUCGUAGUCUAGCUGGGUUUGCAGAUUAUUGUUGCGCGGAUAAAAUAUCUAGAUUAGAACUUGUAGACAUGGCAAAGGAGAUGGGAUUAAUAGUUGAUGGUUGUAGGUUCUGGUGGUUAGACAUUAACAACAGCACAAUGGGUUUAAGAGAAAUAAUUAAUGAUGCAGAUGCACUAGCAAUGGCAAUGACUGUGAAUCACACCAAAGUAAUAAAUUUGUAUGCUAAGGUAUCAUCCUCUGACAGUGGUGCUGUGAAGGUUAAUGUUGUUAGGAACAAGAAAGCAGGAAAUGCAUCAACUGAAAAUGUAGACAAAAUCAUAGAAAAAGAUCAGUUGGGUAAUGUUGAAGAAAGUGAAGCAGGAAAUGUAGAAGGUGGUAAUGCAACAGAUGAAGAAGCUGAUGAUGAUAAGGAAUUAGAAGAGGGCAGUGAGCUGCAUGACUCAGAAUAUAGUUUCAAUAGCCAAGAGGAGGGUGAGGAGGAGGGAGUUAUUGCUGAUAGUGGUUCUGUCCCUAUGCAUAUACCUGUGGUGGAUGCUAAAUCAGACUAUGCUUCAUCCGAUGACUUGAAUUCCUGUUUUUCAACAGAUGAGGAACAAUUAGAACCAAACAAACCAAAGUAUGCAGAAUUCACUCAAGACUGUGAUAUGAAGGAUCCCCAUUUCAAGAUUGGGAUGAAAUUCUCUAGUUUCAAGCAGUUCAGGGAGGCUGUUAGAAAUUAUGGCGCUUCUCUCCCCAGCUCCCGGCCCUGUCCCGGCCGCCACUUUCCUCCGCCGCCUCCCUCCCGACUCCGGACUCAGCUUUCCUCCCGGCUCCCGGACCCGUCCGGUUGUCGCUUCCCUUCCCCGCUCCCGGAGGCCUGCCUCCCUCCCUCGGCCUCCAGCCUCGUCCGGGCCGCGCUUCCCUCCCCACCUCCUGCCCCAUCUAAACCGCCAUUUCCCUCCCCCACUCCUGGCCCCGUCCCUGUUGCCGUUUCCCUCUCCCGCUCCCGGCCCCGUCCCGGCCGCCAUUUCCCUCCCGUGCUCCUGGCCCCCGUCCCGACAGCGGCUUCCUCCUCUGCUCCCGGCCCCGCUCAGGUCUUGGCUUCCCUUCCCUGCUUCUUGCCUCCACUAUAUUAA